AUGGCCGACCCCAACAAAGUCCAAGAGCUCGGUCUGGACGAGGAAACAACCUUCAAAAUCAUUGAAAGGCUGAAGCACAUCGGUCACCUGUAUAAAACCGGAAAGCUUCUCUUUCCCCGGCGUUUGUUGGAAGACCUCAGUCGGCAGAUUGACGAAGGAAAAGAUGAAGUGUGCAUUCCAGACUUCGACGAUGUACCUCAGGUCUACAGCCUCCAGGUUCCACAUUGGUGCGCCGAUUUUGCCAACACCUAUCGCAUCAAUUACCAAAGUAUCCACUCCUUGGGUUGUCCCACUCCAUUCUGUCCUGAGUUCGUCCUACGUAGCGAUCAUGCCCCUGUCACCAUCGGUUACAUGCGGUCUUCACGCCAAAGUGAAACAAAUCUCGAGGCUGUUCGUGAGGCGUUCGCCCGGAAACGUCAGACCUGGUUGGAGAGUGCGAGUUGUCGAAAUUUAGAACACCAUCUGGCAACUCUCAAGACCACGGCGACUAUUCAGAAGAUAAUAUGUUUUGGCCUAGGCUCCCUCGGAAGACUGGGCGGCUACCACUGUACUCGGGCCCAUACGCAGCACGCUGCAAUAGAGACGAUGGUGGCGGCGUUGGCCAAGAGAGGACUGAACCGCGGUCAGGAGAUCAAGUGUUAUGCGCAAGAUCCAGUGUACAACGAAGUCGACAAGAAGUUCCUCUGGGGCAAUGGGGUCAUCCCGUUGGAUGACCCAAAGGGGUUUCUCGAGGUGGAUGAACACACACUAGUCUUUUCUGUGAGCCCCAACGUUCCAGUCAAACAGAUCGUCACCGAUCUCCAAUCGCCCGCUGCGAUGGUAUGGAACACUGUAAACCCGUCAGACAAUGAUAAAUACUGGAUCAAGCGUGUGGGCAAAGAUGGAAAUGUCGGCUGGACGUGUCCCUUUACCACCGACCCUGACUCUGGUCGGAUGAGUAUUUUGGAGAUCUGA